AUGAUGGUAAGCUCGAAUAGUUACGAUAUGGAUCUUUCAGAAGAUACUGAUCGAUAUUCGUCAUUCAAGCUGAAAAGAACCAAUUCUUUGAACAUUGUACCUUCAAACAAUAGUUCAAUUUCAAUUGAUUUUGAAACAAUCAAAAGUAAUAACGAUUGUUGGGAAAUUUUACAAUCUUGGAAAUUUAUUAAAUCUUUACAAAGAUUGUUAAUUUCAAAUAAUCUGGAAAUCGACAUUUAUAGUACAAGAUUAGAAAAUAUUACAUGGAGAACAUGGUGCAAAGUAAAACCGCAUUUUUGCCGUAAUUGGGUUCGUAGUACUAUCACCACACUGAAACCAAUAUUGAAAAAGACAUCACCAAGUGAUUCCACAGUUAAAAACUCACAGAUUUGGAAAUCCAAUAAAAAUAAAUCAUUCUCAAACAAAGAAAAUUUCGUUCAUAAGAAAAGUAAACAUAUCCAUUUCAACAAUAAUGUGAAACAAUAUAUUGCGUUAACUUCAUUGACUCAACUUCAGCUUUUACCUUCAACAAAUUUAAAUGAUACUGGAGAAAAUAAUAAUACCGAUACCCCAAGUAAUUAUUUCACCAAUUUUAAAAAAGGUUUAAAUUACAAUUACGACUAUAAUUCUGUAUAUACACAAGAUACUUCAACUUUCUUACCUGUACUGAAUUGCUACACUGAUAUAGUCGAUGUUCCAGAAAAUAUCAACGUUUCAGAUUUGCAGAAGACAAUCUCACUUUCAGAAGAGAUUGAUACUCUCUCAAUAACAACACAUCAGACGCAGUUACCACCAUUACUGAAAAAAAGAUCAAGCUCUUCAAACUCUUCAAAUUUCAUAUUCACAUCUUCUUCAGAUUCAAGCUCAAGCAACUCAUCAUUAGAAAGUCUGCAUAAAUCAAGUACCUUCAGCAUGUUCUAA